AUGGCGUUUCAAACGUCAGCUCUGCCGGGCAUCGCGGCGGCGACUACGGAUUUAUGGCCAUCCAUCAUGGGUACCCUGAUGAUGUCUUUCCGAGCCCCGUCGCUACCCCCGUUGAACCCGAGGUUGCCCCAGGCCAAACAGAGCCAAAAAGUCGAUUCGAGUUCGCAAACGGCGCAUGUCCAACCAAAGCCGUCUUCAACGUCUCCCAAGUUUGAACUUCCCGACUUUCUACGGGAUGCUCAACACGAUGUCGCUCUCCAACCUCUCGUCUCUAGGCAAAAUCAUAUCCCCACUCCAUUCGAUAUUCGUUCGUCUAUCUCGUCUAUGCCGCGCUCCGCUCUCCUCGCUUCAAACCCGGUAGUGCAUCGUCUGUACCGCCAGAGCCUGCCGAUUCGAUCCAUGUCUACGUUAACCGCUAUUCGUUCAUUGCCGAGCCCGUUCUCGAAGAUGGCUAUCUCUCAGCGAAGGUCUCUCCAGACUGGUGGGCUGUCAAGGAAUCUGCUCGCUCAUAUGGAGGAAUCUGCCAACAGGAACCCGACUAGCGCUACUGCCCAGAAUGCAUUCUAUCAGGCUUUGCUAAAAGCAAACAUGCCGGCCAUCAUUAUCGAAAGAUACCAGUCCGGGCGUUUUGCUACCAAUGUCGCUGCUACCGAGGCAUAUCAAAAGGCGCUAAACAUGUUGUCUCCAAAUACUGUACAGGGAAUGCAAGAUGAUGGUAUCAGUCAAACGGUCAAAAACCUACCCGGAAAUCUAACCCCCACCCAGAUUCAAGCCGUUACUCAAGCCCUGGCUGCUCGAUCUCGCGGCAGUAACUUGGCAGUCUCCAACGCUAACACGGCUUCUGGAGGCAAGGAUGGGCCCCUUCACGUGGUUGUCGACGAAACGCUCGGUGGUAGCCUCUUCCGAUGGGUCAAGUUUAUUCUAUGGUUUUGCUUUUUCACGUAUCUCAGUUUAGUUCUCGUGACUAUGCUCAUCGAAGCUCUGAGUCUGUUCAAGCGACCCGGCGGCAAAGUCGACAGUGAAGUCAAGGCUGAGCACCAGAAGACUCGGUUCUCCGAUGUCCAUGGUGCUGACGAAGCGAAAGAAGAACUGCAAGAAAUGGUCGAGUUCCUGCGUAACCCCGAAAAGUUUUCUCAGUUAGGCGGGAAGUUGCCCAAAGGUAUUCUGCUAGUUGGCCCUCCUGGUACUGGAAAGACGCUCCUAGCAAGGGCCGUCGCUGGCGAAGCUGGUGUUCCGUUCUUCUACAUGUCCGGUAGCGAAUUUGACGAAGUCUACGUUGGUGUCGGCGCUAAGCGGGUCCGUGAUCUUUUCGCUGCCGCCAAAUCCAAGUCUCCUGCCAUUGUCUUCAUUGAUGAACUCGACGCCAUUGGAGGUCGCCGCAACGCGCGUGAUGCAGCUUAUGUCAAGCAGACUCUCAACCAGCUUCUUACUGAACUAGACGGGUUUGACCAGGCCAGCGGUGUUAUUAUCAUCGGUGCGACCAAUUUCCCUGAAGCGCUUGACAAGGCCCUUACUCGCCCUGGCCGUUUCGAUCGUCAUGUCGCCGUUGAUUUGCCCGAUGUGCGCGGCCGUCUCGCUAUCUUGUUGCACCAUGCCAAGAAAAUCAAGGCUGCCAAGGAUGUUGAUCUCCAAGCUAUUGCCCAAGGCACUUCCGGUCUUUCUGGAGCUGAGCUUGAAAACAUUGUCAACCAAGCUGCAGUGCAUGCGAGCAAAGUAAAGGCGUCACUUGUCAGGAAAGAGGAUUUUGAUUGGGCCAAGGAUCGAGUCAUCAUGGGUGCCGAGCGAAAGACCAUGGUCAUCAGUGCCGAGGAAAAGGAGAUGACCGCGUAUCACGAAGCAGGCCAUGCACUUGUCAGCCUAUUAACGAAAGGGUCCGGUGCAAGCUUGUACAAGGUCACUGUUCUCCCUCGUGCUAAUUCGCUUGGCCACACGGCAUCACUCCCAGAAAUAGACAAGUACUCCUACACCAUCACCAACUAUCUAGCUCAGAUAGACAUGUGCUUGGGAGGGAAACUCGCGGAAGAGAUUGUCUAUGGCCUCAACCAAGUUACCAGUGGUGCAUCAUCGGAUCUUCGAAUGGCUACUGCUGUUGCGUUCGACAUGGUCGCCAGCCUGGGAAUGUCUGCCAAGCUCGGUAAUAUGGAGUACAGGAGUCGAUACGACACAUUGAGUAGUGAGACCAGAGCGCUAGUCGAGUCCGAGGUUAACCGCACCCUCAAUGAAGCAUACGAGCGCGCUCGUCAACUUCUAUUAACUCAUCGCAAAGAGCUUGAUCUCUUGGCACAGGCACUCGUCCAAUACGAGACUUUAAGCAAAGAGGAAGUAGAGAAGGUCAUCCGUGGUGAACCGCUACCUAAUCGUAUCGCCGUCCCCAAAGGCUCCAUGAUCGUCCCAACAUCUGCUAAACCUCCGGCUCCGGGCGAAUUAGCAUCUCCCACUCCAGGGGCAGGGGAGAGCGGUGGAGGACCACCACCCCCUGCUCCACCGACACCAGGUGGACUCGCUCCCAAGGCCGACAGAUGA